UUCUCACGCCAAUAUUAUCAAUUCAGUUGUGGUUUAUGUCCCUCACUGCUAAAAUGCAAUUUUGCACUCGGAUCCUUAGGAAAAUAAGUAUAAAUUUUAUGGAAUAUCAUAAUACUGACCACAUCACUUCACAGGCUCUGUGAAGUGAGUCUAUGUACCUAAUAUUGUUAUUAUAGAUUAUUUAUUUAAUUUUUCUUAAAGAUUUUAAUUUUUAAUUUAAUUUUCUUUUUUUAAUAUUUUAUUUUGAAGUAACUAAUAGGGAUUAAAAAUGGCUAACAUUGUGGAAGAUUUUAAGCUCCUCUUCGACCGCCCAAAUGAACCUAUGGUGUCAACAAAAGGUGACGAUAAAGUACUCUUCCAACUCACUGAACAGUUUUUGGGAGACAACUACAAAAACAAUGGUAUCGAGAUCAACAAUCGUUUUGGUGAAAACGCCACGCGGGUUGUUCCACUGAAAAGUCUGAAAAGAACGCCCGCGUUUACGAAGGCCAGAAGACUGCCCGUAGAUGCUGAAUUUUCCGUGUUCCUGCCUGCUCACCAAGAAAUGGCAGAUGAAGUUAUUGCUGAGCUUUUAGCUGUACCGGAAAACCAGCUGCAAGAUUUACUUUCAACCUGUGUGUUUGCCCGAGUUCACCUCAACCCACAACUGUUCAACUACAGCUAUUCCGUUGCUUUGAUGCACAGACGUGAUACUAGAAAUAUUCCAAUCCAAAACUUCGCUGAAACUUUUCCUUCUAAAUUCAUUGAUUCGAAAGUUUUCGCUAAAGCUCGAGAGUCGGCUACUGUUUCCAGCAAAGGAGCUCCGCGUAUCCCAAUCAUCAUUCCAAGAGAUUACACUGCUACGGAUUUGGAUAUCGAACACAGACUGGCCUACUGGAGAGAAGAUAUGGGCAUAAAUCUUCACCACUGGCAUUGGCAUCUUGUGUAUCCAUUCUCGUCGACUCAACGCGAAAUUGUUGCUAAAGAUCGCCGCGGCGAACUAUUUUUCUAUAUGCACCAACAAGUGAUUGCCAGAUACAAUGGAGAACGUUUAUUAAAUAAUUUAGCCAGAGUUAAGAAGUUCAGCGACUUCACUGAACCUAUACCGGAAGCAUACUUCCCGAAAUUGGAUAGUUUGACAACGUCGCGCGGGUGGCCUCCGAGGCAAGCGAACAUGCGUUGGUCUGACCUCAAUCGUCCCGUGGACGGCCUCGUCGUGACCAUUGCUGACAUGAACCGUUGGAGAAGGAACAUUGAGGAAGCUAUCUCAACAGGACUGGUCAGACUGCCCAAUGGUUCCACACAGCCUCUGGACAUCGAUACUCUGGGCAACAUCAUAGAGUCCAGCAUUUUAUCGCCCAACCGAGACUUGUACGGCUCACUUCACAACAAUGGACACAGUUUCGCUGGAUACAUGCACGAUCCAACCAAUCGCUACCUGGAAUCCUUCCAAGUAAUGGCCGACGAGGCAACAAACAUGCGUGAUCCGUUCUUCUACCGCUGGCACGCAUUUGUUGACGACCUUUUCCAACGCUUCAAGGAGUCUCCCAACGUUCGUCCUUACACGCGCUCCGAGUUGGAGAACCCAGGUGUUCAGAUAACAGCGGUGAGGGUAGAAAGCUCGACCGGCGACGCGAACGCGCUCAACACGUUCUGGAUGCAGAGCGACGUGGACCUGUCCCGCGGGCUCGACUUCUCCGACCGCGGCCCCGUGUACGCGCGCUUCACCCAUCUCAACCAUCGCCCAUUCCAAUACACAAUUGAAGCUAACAACACCGGCAACGCGCGACGCACCACGGUCCGCAUUUUCAUGUCUCCGAAGUUCGACGAGCGCAACCUGCCGUGGAUCCUCAACGAUCAACGCAAGAUGUUCAUAGAGAUGGACAGAUUCGUUGUGCCAUUGAACGCGGGACAGAACAGAAUCGUCCGCCAGUCGACACAGUCGUCGUUGACCAUCCCAUUCGAGCAGACGUUCCGCGACCUAUCCGCGCAGGGCUCCGACGCCAGGAACCCGAACCUUGCCAGCUUCAACUUCUGCGGCUGCGGCUGGCCACAGCACAUGCUGGUACCGAAGGGCACGGAGCCCGGUGCGCAGUACGAACUCUUCGUCAUGCUCUCCAACUACGAACUUGACAGCAUCAACAAUCCCGAAGGUCAAGAGUUGUCGUGCGUUGAGGCGUCCAGCUUCUGCGGGCUGAAGGAUAGACUGUAUCCCGACAGACGCAACAUGGGAUAUCCAUUCGACCGGCCCUCAACCACGGCCGCCAACAUUCAGGACUUCGCCAACCUACCUAACAUGUCAUUGAUUGACAUUACCAUCCGUCUUCAAAAUAUCACGGAACAGAAUCCAAGAAAUCCUAGAAACUAAAAGCUUUCGAAGUGAAGAUGAAGGGGGUUGUAGAAUUUUGACUUAUUAACGCUGGCGAUCUCUCGGAAUGCCGCGUAUUGGUAUACUGACAUUGAAUCUGCGCAGCGCGUUAUUUAACUAUCCAUUUGGUGGUACAAGACAAUGGAGGUGCAUGUUUCUUAUAAUAAUUCAAUCUACAGUCAACCUUUCACCUCCCGAGCAGAAGUAAAAUACGGAGGAAAAUGUGCGCGGAGUCCACGGAUAUUCUUUUCAUUGUCGUGAGUCAGUUUUUUUCUGACGCCAACUGUGUUACACUUUGAUUCUACAAGUUGCGUUAGUUAUUCGUUAUACCUACCUAAUACAUUGUUAUAUCUAUCUACUACCGAACCCCCUUCGCUCUCACCAGAGUGCUUAGUAUGAAAAACAUUUCACCCACGUUGGUACAAAUCUGGCAUCGGAAUACGGUAACAACAGAGUAAAAUGAACCUAACCGUUCUUAACAAAAUUCAGUAACACAACGUUUUCGCUUGUAAAUGUAACUGUAGGUGUACAUCUAUCGAAUGUAAUCUAGACGAACUUGAGCUUUCAAGUAAAGCAGCAAAGGUACAAUGUCAUACUAAGCACCCUGUCCAUUAGAUUCAAACAAGCUCCGAAAUUAUAAAAAAAAGUGGAAGGUAAAUAAAAAUUAAAUAGCUAAUAGGAUAAUGUAUAAAUAGAAGUAUGUACUAUGUAGUAUGUAACUGAUGUGAUUAAACUUUUAAACUAAGCUAUAUUUAAGUGACCCCAACAGUACCUACUUAUAACAUUAUAUGGAUAAAUAAACAAUUCAGCAUUGA